UUCCAUUGCCCGAAGCCCAUGCAGGCGGGAAAAAACACUGGCGAGCAGGAGUGAAGAUGAUGCAUCUUAGGUCCCAAGCACACAUAACAUCAAACCCUCUCGAAGAACCCAAUCGCUCUCUGGAUUCUGAUUUAGAAUCACCGGAGAAACCAUCGAAGAUCGCACGAACUGAGAAUUCCGGUGAUGUAGAACAAUCUGAUAACAGCCAAAUCAUGAGCCAAAACCCUAGAAUCCAGAGAUACUUAAUCGCAGUCGAGUACAUCGGGACUCGCUUUUCUGGUUCACAGCAGCAACUCAAUUGCAGAACCGUUGUUGGCGUUCUUGAGGAGGCUUUUCAGAAAUUUGUCGGAAAACCUGUUUCAAUCUUCUGCUCAAGUCGAACUGAUGCAGGAGUGCAUGCCUUAUCAAAUGUUUGCCAUGUAGAUGUGCAGCGUGUGAGCAAAAGGAAGCCUGGGGAAGUGUUGCCGCCUCAUGAACCUGCAGUUGUUAGGAGGGCUGUGAAUCAUUUUUUACAGAAAAGUGAAGGUGACCUUUUGGUGAUCGAUGUUCGAUGUGUCCCAGCUGAUUUUCAUGCUAGAUAUAAAGCUCUAGAACGCACGUACUUCUACCGAAUGCUGUCUGGGCCAGAGCCUCUGUCAAUAUUUGAUAGAGACCGGGCAUGGCAUGUACCUGAAGACCUGGAUCUUGCUGCUAUGCAGAAAGCAUGCAAAAUCCUUGUGGGAUGUCACGACUUCAGUUCAUUCAGGGCAGCAGGGUGCCAGGCUAAUUCACCUAUUAGAACAUUAGAUGAACUUCAUGCUUCUGAGGUAGUUUCAACCCCUUACUUUCCUUCAAGUGUAGAGAGAGGACAAGCAAAUUUUGCAGAGAAAGAUCCACUUGUGUGCAUCAAUGCAUCAGACGAUAAGCCUACUGGCAAGGGGUCGAUUCCCAAUCAUGAGAAUGUACAAGGACCUAGUAAUGGAGGUGGUCUAGAAUUUGGACAAAGAAGAAGACAUCGUUGCUAUGUUGUAACUGCACGUUCACGCUCUUUCCUUUAUCACCAGGUCAGGCUGCUUGUUGGCGUUCUGAAAUGUGUGGGAACUGGGGUUAUUACUGUUGAUGAUGUUGAAAGAAUCUUGAAUGCAAAGACAGUGACUGCUGCGAGUCCCAUGGCCCCUGCUUGUGGUCUCUACCUUGGAAAUGUGAAAUAUGAUCUCCCGUGAGAUUUAAAAAUAGAUCGAUGUGCACAGCUAAUUCUGAAGCAUUUUGCACACCUUGCUCAAUGGAAGCUGAUGUUACAUAUAUUGCUUGGUCAUGAAGCGUAUCAACCAAUUCCUGGAACUGAGUAAGAAAGGUGUUCAAAUUAUUCUUUGCUUCAACAAGACAGUAGAUUUAGGCUUAACAUAUUGAGCUAUACGCUGUAUCACAGAAGUUCUAGCUUAGUAGUUAUCUUUGCAAUGAUGCAAUACUCUCAUCUAACAAGUGUAGCCUCAAGUUUUUCCGGAAAGGUUGGAUAAUGGGACUUGGUGAGUGAACACAGAGGUGUGAUCCUCAUGAUGGAAUCACUUGGUCGAAUACUGAAUCUAUUUUAAGACUAACAGUGGAG